CGCAGAACCCAACCUUUCGCACUAGCUGUGUGUAACGUGCAAUAGCAGCUUUAAGGAAACACAGGCAAACGAGACGUCGAUAAAACUUGGUUUAAUUCCAGGCUUUUGUGCGCGCUUCUGUUUGUUUUUUUCUUAAUUCUGUAGGAUUGCCCUUUCAUAUCAGCACUAUGUCCAGCGUUCAGCUGUCCAUCACGUCCUUGGACAGGUUGGUUGCCAGAAAGACCUUCCCUCUUCACGCCAGGACGGAAGUCUGUAGGAACCUGUUUGGGCCAGUUGACCAUGACGAGCUGAACCGUGAGAUGAAGUCCAAGCUCCGGGAGAUAAGCGAGCGGGACCAGCGUAGAUGGAACUUCAAUUUCGAGACCAGCACUCCAUUAGAAGGUGGGCACUACGAAUGGGAAGAGAGCGAGGUUGACGCAACGCCCGGUUUUUACAGAGAGUCCAUCCAGAUGGGUAAAACUAGGAUUACAGUCCCAGUCAGGGCAAAAACAUAUUUGGACACUACCAAGAACAGUAUGGACUCUAACUCCAGUCAGGAAUUAUCGUCUCCCCCUUCCCAGGAGAACGACAGGUUGUCCGAUUUGGUUAGCAUCGUUCGCUCCGGCGAAACGAAUCAAGAAAAUAGAUCGGAUAAAUUAAACUCAGGAAUUAAAGCCAGCAAAAGCGAUCCUUGCACUUCAAGAAAAAGGACAUCUGCGUCUUCAGCACCAACGCACAUCACAGAUUUUUUUGUAAAGAGGAAACGAAUAUUGGAAUGCAAACAGUCUGAGAACGGAUCCCCAUCGCCGUCAGUGAUCACAACUGAGCAGACUCCCCGCAAAAGAAUCCGAUGAAGAUAGUUGCACAAAAUCCCGGUGAAGAUUCGUGUUUUUUUUUUUUCUGAUCGAAGAUAAAAAAACAGGCUGUCCCUCGCGAUGGUUCUGAAGAAAGUCUAUCUGGCGAAAGACUCGGAGAGUUAAAAGGACGAGCGGGACUGCUUCCAAAUGUAGCAAACCGGUGGCUUUAUAAUGUAGCCAAACAGUGUUAAACGAAUUAACAACUGUGCAAUGGAUGCGUUUUUUUUUCUUUUUUUUCCCUAUACUGUCUACACUGGCAAAAGUGUAAAGCUUUAAAAAUAAUAAAUAUUACAAUAUUGUUUUAUUUCUGCUGAUCUGUUAUUGGUGGAGUUGUAUAUCUGUACAAAGGUUUUUAAAAAUAUACUAACUUAUAUUUUGUAUUUAUGUAUUGAGUUCACGUUGGCCAAAGGGCACUUUGUUUUGCUUAUUUACGAAAUGUUAAAAAAAAAAAGAAACAAAUGUUCUAUUUUUUAUAGUUUUUUUUUUUUUCUUGCAAUCACAUCAUGAUGUAGCUUUGAAAUAUUUAGUGUACUUGAAAUUCAAUGUUUCUGAGCCUGUUUUUUUAUGUAUCACUGCCAUUUUACAAUAAUUUCGCAAGAACAGAAUAAAAACAAAUGGUCUACUCUGA